AUGCGUUCCUGUCAUUCCUGCAACGUCCGGGUGCUGGUGGCUAUUGUGUGUGGGCUGCUGACGGGCAUUGUUCUGGGACUGGGCAUCUGGAGGUUGACAGUAAGGAUCCAAAGAGGGGUAUCUGCUUCUGUGUCGAGCACCCCUGUACAGUUCUGCAGGAAUGGUGGAACUUGGCAAAAUGGCAGAUGCAUUUGUACUGAAGAGUGGAAAGGGUUGAGAUGUACAAUUGCUAAUUUCUGUGAAAACAGUACCUACGAGAACCUUUCUUUUGCCAGAAUCCCAGUGGGCAGAUAUGGACCUUCUUUGCAAACAUGUCCUGCAAACACCUUAAAUGCCGGGAUUCCUUUAGCAACUCGACUGUGCACUGUUUCUGAGUACGGAGAGAUAUAUUUACAAAAUGCAAUGAGAGGAAGUUGCACGGAAAAUCUGGAGACACUGGAAAUGCAGAUAGACAGCAUCACAACAAAAUCGAACAAUAUUUCUACAGAAGCCCAGUUUUUAACAGCUGAUGCCAAUCAAUUAACUGCUGAGAACAUCACUUCUGCCGCUAUAGUGGUUGGACAGAUCUUCAAUGAAACCAGAGGGGCUGAAGAACAGGCAAAAAGAGUCGCUAUAACCACAGUGAGUCAGAUUCUGGAUGCCAGUGAAGAUGUUUUUCAGAAAGCUGCUGUGAUUAAUGAGGACUCCUUUUCCACGCUUAUUGAGCAAAUGGAGUCUUACUCCUUUUCUCUGGGUGACGAAUCAGUGGUGGAGCCGAACGUAGCAGUCCAGUCAGUUACUCGAGGCGAUGGUACGGGGUCAAGUGUUCUCUUCUCUGUACAGAGAGGAUCGAGUGAUUCUCUAGUUUCUGGUGGAACAUCUGUUAAUAAAACUGCAGACAGACUCAAUCCAGAUGGACAGACUGAGCUUCAGAUCUUGCUUAAUACUGGGCAAAAUAAAAAUUCAUGUGGUUUUGUAGUGUAUCAAAACCACAAACUUUUCCAAUCAAAAACUUUCACCGCUACAUCAGAUUUUAGCCAAAAAAUUAUCUCAGGCAAAAUAAAUGCAAGCGACCAAAAUCCGGAUGUUUCUGUGCAAAUGGUAUUUAAUCCCACGUAUGACAGAAGAGAAUUCCAGCUUCACUCCUAUGCCUGUGUCUACUGGAAUUUCGUAACGAGGGACUGGGACACACGGGGCUGCCAAAAAGAUGGGAGCUCGACAGGAUUUCUCGGCUGCCGCUGCAACCACACAACCAAUUUUGCAGUGUUGAUGACUUUCAAAAAGGAUUACCAGUACCCCAAAUCUCUAGACAUAUUGUCCAACAUUGGCUGUGCUCUGUCCAUUGCUGGCCUGGCUCUGACUAUCAUAUUCCAGAUUGUCACCAGGAAAAUCAGAAAAACCUCAGUAACCUGGGUGUUGGUCAGUUUGUGUACAUCAAUGUUGAUUUUUAAUCUCCUCUUUGUGUUUGGAAUCGAAAACUCCAAUAAGAACUUAAAGACAAGUGAUAGUGACAUCAGUGUUAACCCUGACAACAACGAAAUACCUGUACGAGACACCGUUGACACCCCGAACCCCUCGUGCACAGCCAUCGCCGCCUUACUCCACUAUUUCCUGUUGGUGACGUUCACCUGGAACGGACUCAGUGCUACCCAGCUCUACUUCCUUCUGAUUAGGACCAUGAAGCCCCUCCCCCCUCACUUCAUCCUUGUCAUCUCGUUAGUUGGAUGGGGAGUUCCAGCUAUAAUCGUAGGUGUAACGGUGGGGAUUGUUUAUGCCCAAAGUGGGAACAAUUCACACUGGGAGUUAGACUAUCGGCAAGAGGAAAUCUGCUGGCUGGCCAUUCCAAAGAGUGAUAACUUUGUGAAAAGUCCAUUUUUGUGGUCGUUCAUCGUCCCUGUCACCAUUAUCCUCAUCACUAAUAUUGCUAUAUUCAUCACAAUCACGGUCAAAGUGCUGUGGAAAAACAACCAGAACCUGACGAGCACAAAAAAAGUUUCAUCCCUAAAGAAGAUUUUUAGCACAUUAUCUAUUGCCGUUGUUUUUGGAGUUACCUGGAUUCUUGCAUAUGCUAUGCUAAUUAAUAAUGAUGACAUCAGGAUUGUUUUCAGCUACAUUUUCUGUCUUUUCAACACCACUCAGGGAUUGCAAAUAUUCAUCCUCUACACUGUUCGAACAAAGGUAUUUCAGAAUGAAGCUUCUAAAGUGUUGAAGUCAUUGUCGUCAUCCUUUGAGAGAGUGAAGAAGCCAUCAAUGCCUUCAGUAACCCCAUGGGGACUGCGUUUGAGGAUGUACAAUAUGCUCAGGUCCAUACCGACCCUACAUGAACGGUUUAGGCUACUAGAGCCAUCUGAAGUGACUGAGGAAACAUCAUUGUCUUGAAAGUGACCAAGCAAAGUCAAGGGCCUAAUAAGACUGUUACCUCUGACGGUCUUUUCUAUCCAACUCCUAAGAAUUGUAUCUGUUCAUGUUAUUCUCUAGUUCUCCUAGAAUGUCUACCUAAAGACAUGUUAAAACUUGCUGUUUAUUAUCACAGGAAUAAUGGACUUGGUAGUUUUUUGUGGUUUUCACUAGACUAUUAUGUGAAUCAAGUCAAGAAUCCAGUACAGUAUUCAAGAUGACCAUUGUUAUGUCAUUAAGUUUGCAUGACACACUUUGACAAUCAUGUAGAACUUAGACAAAUCCUU